GGACAAUUCACUAUUUAUGCAUGUAGCCUGGUCUCAAAUAUCUAUUUUAGACCCUACAGGUUAAAAGGAUAUAAAUAUUGUUUACGUUAUUGUAAAUAUUUCAUAUGUGUUUAAAAGAAAAAAAAAAGAGUUCAAAUGCAUUAAAAACGUGUUUAAAAUCACAAUAAAUAGAAGUCAAUCAUAAUUUAAGUGUUCAUGGAGUUAUAAGUUACAAGAAAACCAAAGGGUUGUUAUCUAAUGUGAAACAAGGAAAACUUUGUAUUUGCUGCAAUUUCUUUUACAAGUUCAUUUUGGGUUGUCAAUCUUGUAUUUUCUUUUAUCCCAUUGGUUGAUGUAAACCUAUUGUCCAAUCAGACGUAAGGAAGGCGGGAUCUAAGCGAGGUGGAAGGAAAAAACACUAACUAAGCUAGUGAGAGUCGGCAGCAGCACGCUACCGGAGGAGGUUGUGUACCAGAGCUAACAGGAGAAAAGUAAAAUAAUAGCCGUGGAUGCAGAGUCUACGUGCCUGUUAUGGACUGUUUUACCCUGUGAUGAUGGACCGAGAGGAAUUCUCUGGACCCUUCUGCUGUGGAUAGGAUUUCCGUGUGUUUGUCCCAGUGUACUCAGCAGCCCGGGUAUACCGCUAAUUCCGACCACGUUGCCGAGUGGAGGCCGCAUGGUCACCAACCGAGCCUGCCCCUCAGCUUGCCCUUGCACUUAGCCCAAAGGAUUCGACCAAGUUGCCAUUGGAGACCCUACCAGGGGGCAAAAGUCCCCCAACAACAAGCCCCUGAGAUCCCUGGGACACACAAAUCCCUACACCACAAUAAGAAGGACAGUAUAAAAUCAGGAGUCAGCAUACAAACCAGCAGCAUCUCAGAAGAGAGACUAAGCUACAGUAGGCUUAGCCACAGCCAUGGAUACUGUCAAACAUCAGAAAAAGAAUACUUCAGCACUCAAGAAAUCUAGCUCUGCGAAGAAUAUCAAUCAUUACACAAAUGUACGUGGUCUGCCUUCUAUCGAGAAGAUUGUGAGCUCAGUGGAGGACACCCCCAGGCCCAUCAGCACCCAGAUCAUUGGUACAAUCCCAGAAUGGAUCAAUGGAAACUUCCUGAGAAAUGGGCCCGGAAAGUUUGAGAUCGGAAACCACAAGUUCAACCACUGGUUUGAUGGCAUGGCUCUCCUGCACCAGUUCAAAAUAUCAAAUGGGCAAGUGACUUACAAAAGCCGCUUCCUGUCCAGUGACAGCUACCAGACCAACAAGGAGCACAAUCGCAUUGCGAUAUCUGAAUUUGGGACUGUAACCAUGCCGGACCCCUGUAAAAAUGUCUUCCAGCGCUUCCUGUCAAGAUUUGAAUCACACAAGCCCACAGACAAUGCCAACGUGAGUUUUGUGACCUACAAAGGUGAUUAUUAUGUCAGUACAGAAACCAACAUCAUGCACAAGGUGGACCCUGAGACACUGGAGACGACUGAAAAGGUGGACUGGAGCAAAUUCAUUGCUGUGAAUGGAGCCACAGCACACCCUCAUACUGAGCCUGAUGGUACGACAUACAACAUGGGAAAUUCCUACACCUCGAAAGGAUCAUACUACAACAUUAUCCAAGUGCCACCAACCAAGAAAACAGAAGAUGAAACCCUGGAGGGAGCGUCAGUGCUGUGCUCGAUUCCUUCAGUGGACAAGACCAAACCUUCAUACUAUCACAGCUUUGCGAUGUCUGAGAACUACGUGGUGUUCAUUGAACAGCCCAUCAAGCUGGACCUGCUGAAGAUCGUGACAGGCAAGCUGAGAGGAAAAAGCAUCAGUGAUAGCAUAUUCUGGGACCCAAAACUCAACACAAUCUUCCAUCUGAUCCACAAACACUCUGGGAAGGUAAGCUCCAUCAAGUAUCUUGCAAAGCCACUGUCAACCUUCCAUCAGAUCAAUGCAUUUGAGGAGGAUGGAUUCUUGAUCAUAGAUUUGUGUGCAUCAGAUGAUGGCCAGGCAAUUACAAACUACAACAUCCAGAACAUGCGCAAGUCUGGAGAAGCUCUUGAUGAGGUGUACAACACCUUGAGUAGAGCCUUCCCCCGGCGAUUUGUGCUGCCUCUCAAUGUUGACCGCGAGACACCCUACAACCAGAACCUGAUUACCCGGCCGAACAGCAUAGCUACUUCUGUAAGAAUUGCCAAGAACAAGGUGUUCUGUACCCAUGAGGACCUCCAUGGGGAGGAUCUCCAUGAAUACGGAGGUCUGGAGUUUCCUCAGAUCAACUAUCACAAAUUCAACACCCAUCCCUACCGCUACUUCUAUGGCUGUGGCUUCAGACACCUUGUAGGGGACACGCUGAUUAAGAUGGAUCUCUGCGGAAAACGGAUGAAGGUGUGGGAACAUCCUGGUCAGUAUCCAUCUGAGCCGGUCUUUGUUCCCUCUCCUAAUGCUACAGAGGAGGAUGAUGGUGUCAUCAUGUCUGUGGUCAUCACUCCAGACGAGGACAAGAGUACAUUCCUUCUGGUGUUAGAUGCCAAGACAUUUGAGGAGCUGGGCAGGGCGGUGGUACCUGUCAACAUCCCCUAUGGCUUCCACGGGACAUUCAUUGCCACAGCUUAGACAUCUGAUGGAUGUACAUGUGACUUCACAGGGACACACCUACACUGUGUACAUGUUGACUUGAGAGCAAAGACCCUCACUUAAAGAAUUCCUUUAUACUUUUUCAAUGCAUGAAAUAGCAGAUAUAAAAACACUAGUUUUUAUCUGCUUGAGAUAUGUUUUUAUAACCUAACGCUGCUUGAAACUUCUCCACAAUUUUAUCCCUUACCUCUCAGUUGUGUUCCUUGAUCAUCAUGAUGCUUUUUGGUCACUCUCACAAACAUCGGAGGCCUUUACAGAACAGAGUUAAGGGGGCUGAAUAAAUACUAACACCACACUUUUCAAAUUUUUAUUUGUGAAAAACGUUGAAAACCAUAUAUCGUUUUCCUUCAACUUCACAAAUAUGCUUUACUUUGUGUUGAUGUACCAUAAAAUUCCCUUAAAGUGUGAAGUCUGGAAAACUUUAAGGGUUAUGAAUACUAUAAUUUACACAAUAAUUUGCAGCACAAAAAAUUAUUAGAGUGAUUAGAGAAUACAUAAAAUUAUUGUAUUGUGUUUUUUUGUUUUUUAUUUUAUUGUGUGGCUUUUUUUGAACAUGUUAAAAUAAUAGAAUAAGCUUAUUUAA